UACAGACAAAAAAGAAGGCGAAACUUGACAGGUGUGACGGCAGUUCAGCAUAUCAGUCAGUCGACGCUCCAGAAAGUGCGCUUCACUCCGAAUGACCGUAAUGGGAGCUUCUCAGUCAACACGCAUUGAAGACGAAUUCCAGGAUUUAGCCGAUCAAACUGGAUUCUCUCUGGAGCAGAUUGUCAACCUUCACAAGAGAUUUAAACAACUGAGUGAGAACGAGGAAACGAUCAGUAGGGAGAACUUGGAGAGAAUCCCUGCCUUGGAGGACAACCCAAUCCGGGCUCAGAUUAUUGAAGCCUUUUUUGAUAAAAGGAACCUGCGCCAGGACGCCGCAGGCUCCCUCCAGGAGAUCGGCUUUGCAGAAUUCCUCAUGGUGAUGUCACACUUCCGUCCGCUGCCCCCAAAGGUCAUGACCCCUGAGGAGAGGGAGCACCUGAGGAGGAAGAAGCUACGCUUCCUGUUCAACAUGCACGACACGGACAACGAUGGCACCAUCACUCUGGAGGAGUACAGGAAGGUGGUGGAAGACAUGCUGUCUAAGAGUGGAGAUAUGGGGCUUCAAACCGCCGAAGCCAUCACAGACGCGGCCAUGUUGGAAGUGUCGAAAAUCAACGAGAGUCACAUGGGUCCCGAUGAGGUCUAUGACAGGAUCACCUUCGAGCAUUUCUUAGAGAUUCUGAAAAGUCUUGAAAUCGAAUCGAAGAUGCACAUCCGUUUUUUAAACAUGGACACUACAACUAUUCGUUGUGGAAAAUGAGAUUCUCUUUCUUAACCCUCGUGCUGCCUUCGGGUCACAUGACCCAAAGGUUCAUAACGAACCAUCGUUGUGUUUACCCAAUACAAAAACAAAUUAAAAUAACUUUCUUUUAACCUUUGCAAUGUGGGGGGUCUGAGACAGCCCAACGGUUAAAAGAAAAUGCUUCACUUUGUCUUUGUAUGCGGUAAAUCUGUCGCAAUACGACGGUGGGUCACAAUGACUGAUGGGUCAGAAUGACCCGAAGAUAACACAAGGGUUAAAGAGACUUAUUUUCUGUAUGUAGCAAAAAAAAAGCUCUUCAUUGAGAAGAUGCCAAAUACUUUAACAUAUGUUAAUGUUAUAUACGUUCAUGUAACUAUACAAUAUGGUUCAGAUAUUGAUUAGUGUUGUACUAAUGAACAAUAUGAAAAUACUUUUAAUAACUCUAUAAAAUAACUAGGUUUUGGCACCUAUAUCAAUAACCCCAGCCAAUCUUGUGCAUGACCUUAUAUGUGACCUUAUAUCUGAAAAAAAGACUCUGAAUAACUAAAUCUAAUUGAAGAUUUAACUUGAAAUACAUUUAAAAGCAUUUGCACUCAUUUAUAAGUGAAUAAAUAAUUGUGUGACUAACA